AUGAAGACUUCCACUCUUUUCGUCCUCGCGACUUUGGGCGUCGGACUAGGACUCUGCGGUACCCCUAAUUACCAGGGAUGGAACGAUGGCGCUCAUCUGUGCGGAGAUGGCAGAGACGAGGCGAACAAUAUUUAUGAGUGUCAUGGUGGCUCGGCUGAUCUUUAUGGGGCUUGUGGCGUUAAGCCGUACGGUCCUCAGAUGACAUGCAAACAGAACAGCGAUGAGACGGUAUGCGAAUAA